UAUGUUAUUAUUAACAUUUAAUCUGCGGACGGUAAGGCACAUAAACAUAUUGAAAAUCAGUAGCUAAAAAAUGGCACAUUUACUUAGAUGUUUCCUGUUUUGCCUGUUAAGCGAGUGUUUUAUUGCUUUUUCAUUGCUGAACAACCACAAUUUUAGUGCUGGAAAUAUGUCUGGAGAACUAGUGACCAAUGAUGCGUUGGAAAAUUCUAACAGUUUCCGUCAGCUUCUUAACCAAGAAGCUCUUAUUCGAGUGGCUCUGGUACAAAACGUUUAUUCCUUAAUGAAAGAUAUUAUGACAUUAAAGAAUUUAAUGCUCAUGUUAGAAACAAAUUUGGAAAAAUUUAAACUUGUGACUGAAAAGACAAUUUUCCAUUUAGAAGCAGAAAUAGAAAAACUUAAAACGGAAAAUCAGCGUUUAAAGAACGAUAAUGUAGAUAAACAUAGAAAAUUAAUUCCCUGUGAUAAUGAAACAUUUCAAACAGUUAAAGACUCAAUUUCACAAAUGCAAAAAAGUUUUGAUACAAGGUUACAGAUGAUUGAAGAAAGGAAAGCGAAUGUAUCAUCUACUGCAGCUUUGGAGACGUCUUUGACAAAAGUUUCAACUGAAAUUGAAAGGUUACAGACAAUUGAGGCAAUGAAAGCAAACGUGUCAUCUAUUGCAGCUUUAGAGACGUCUUUGACAAAAGUUUCCUCUCAGUUGGGUAAUUUGUCAAAGAGAGUAGCUUUCACUGCUGGUGUGACGUCUGAUAGCAGUUCGUGGAACAGUGGUACCUUGGUGUACAAUAAAGUUAUCAACAACGUGGGAGGAGGUUAUAACCCGAACACUGGAAUCUUCACCGCUCCUGUAGAGGGAGAUUACGUGUUCUAUGCCAGUAUCCAAAGUUACGGUACCUACAGUAUUUAUGUAGACAUUGUUCUAAAUGGAUCUAGGAAGGUCAGAGCUAUGGCUUACGUUACUAACUCUAAUGAUCAGGCCGAGACAGGUACAAAUCUGGUGACAUUAAAGCUGCAGCAGGGGGACACGGUGUGGGUUAAGUACUACGGUGGUCAAGGUUAUGACACUUUCAGUGACGCUCCUAUCACCACCUUCUCUGGAUUCCUGAUAUAGGAAACGUACAGAGUAAAUAUUACAGCAGUUGAACAGAUAUAAUUGUAAUUAAUAAAGAACAAAUGUAAUAAUAACCAUGAAUAUUGUUUUCAUUAGACUAAACAAUUACGAAUAGGUUAGGAUGAUCAAUCAUCAUGUUUCAGAUAUAUUUGACGUUUUUAUUUUUUACAGAUUAAUGGAUAGUGAAAUUCAUAAUCAUAGAAGCCAAUUUCCACUGAGCAUCUUUACUUAACUAAGAAGUAAUUUGUCAUUGGGUUCUGUUAUAUACCUACUGUUAGCAGUGGUUAAUAAGAUCUAGAUUACAGUAAGUUUAUUAAAUAGUAUUAUACUUAGUAUUUAUCAUCAUGUAAGGAACUCUCAGACAAAACUGGUGUUGUUUUACAUGAACAUGUAUAGUAAAAGCCAGGAGCAAUAUCGUGUUAUUGUUUUGUACUUUGUAGAAUUUCAUAAAGUACGAGAGUUGACCGGUAAAAAAGU